UCGAUAGAAACAGUUCAUUGAUUUAUAGUUGUGGUAUUAUUUUUUACAAGCGAUGUGAAAUGAGUUUAUUUACUAUUUAAUGUAACAUUGUGAUUCUUUAUCUAACUGUAAUGAAGGAUAUUUCUGAGUAAAGCUCAUCCACUGAUGAAACUGAACUUUUCAACUCUGAAUCAAUUGAAUCAAAUACUUUGAGAAUCGAUUCAUUGAAUCACGACACGUGCUGCUCAAACAGUGAACAUGGACGAGAACAAACAUUAACUUACAAACAAACUAAUCAUGUUUUCAUCAAAGUAUGGCGCUUAUUAAAGAGGAAACUGAAGACAUGAAGAUUGAGUUUAUUAAAGAGGAGACUGAAGACAUAAAGAUUGUAGAAUCAUUCAGAGUGAAACAUGAAGAUACUGAGGAACAAACAGACCUGAUGGCACUGAAAGAGGCGAGUCAUGAACUUAAUGAAAGGGAAGAAGAGAAAGAACAUUAUGACAAACAUCACAAUUUCAUGACUGGGGAAAGAUCGACACAGGCUAAAAUGUCUUCCUCACGAAAAAGAGCUCAAAAGAAAGGAACUAAAAGUUAUUCCACCUGCCAGCAGUGUGGAAAGAGUUUUGAUCAACAUAGAAACCUACAAGUCCACUUGAGAGUUCACACUAGAGAGAGCCCCUUCACUUGCCAACAGUGUGGAAAAAGUUUCACACUUAAAAAAAACCUUAAAGUCCACAUGAGAAUUCAUACUGGAGAAAAGCCUUACACCUGCCAACAAUGUGGACAGAGUUUCAGUGGAAAAGGAAAACUUAAUAUCCACAUGAGAAUUCACAAUCGAGAGAAGGCUUUUUACACCUGCCAACAGUGUGGAAAGAGUUUUACACAUAAAGGAAAUCUUAAAGACCACAUGAGAAUUCAUACUGGAGAAAAGCCAUAUACCUGCCAGCAAUGUGGGAAGAGUUUCAGUCAAAAAGGGAGCCUUAAAUACCACAUGAGAAUUCACACUGGAGAAAAGCCUUACAUCUGCCAACAGUGUGGACAGAGUUUCACUGUAAAAGGAAACCUUAAAGACCACAUGAGAAUUCACACUGGAGAAAAGCCUUACAUCUGCCAACAGUGUGGACAGAGUUUCAUUCAAAAAGGAAACCUUGUAGUCCACAUGAGAAUUCACACUGGAGAGAGCCCAUUUGCCUGCCAUCAAUGUGGACAGAGUUUUACUGUAAAAAAAAACCUUAAAGACCACAUGAGAAUUCACACUGGAGAGAAACCUUUCACCUGCCUGCAAUGUGGAAAGAGUUUCACAAAUAAAGGAAGCCUUAAGGUCCACAUGAGAACUCACUCUGGAGAAAAGCCUUUCACCUGCCAACAGUGUGGACAGAGUUUCAGUGAGAAUGGAAACCUUAAAGUCCACAUGAGAACUCACACUGGAGAAAAGCCUUACACCUGCACUCUGUGCGGUAAGGGCUUCACACGGGAACCAAGCCUCAGGGAACACAUUUAUAUUCACACUGGAGAGAAGCCUUUUACAUGUGGUCAGUGUGGAAAGAGUUUCAGACAUAAAUUGACCCUUUAUUCCCACAUGAAUAUUCACACUGGAGAGAAGCCAUUCAUAUGUGGCCAGUGUGGAAAGAGUUUCAGAUUUAAAGGUGACCUUAAGGGCCACAUGAGGAUUCACUCGAAAGAGAACUGAUUUAAAAGUCGUCGCUGUGGAAAGAGCAGAGGUGUAAAGAGUACCUGAAAACCAUUCUUGAAUAAAAGUACAGAUACCUGACAGCAAAAAUGACAAGUUAAAAGUGACUAAUUCUAAUACAACUUGAGUAAAAGUCUUGGAGUAUCUGAUUUUAAUUGUACUUAAGUAUUUUGCUCAUUCAUGCUGAAUUCAGGCUCAUUCAGGCUCAAAGAUGCACUAGUCCUCAACACCUGAAAGACAUGCCAGUGAAAAAAACAAUUGAUUUGAUUGAUGAGAAAUGUUUAUUUUCAAAAAUAAAAUAAAAACUGAACACCUCAACACUGCAAUAAAUCAAGGUUAACACAACAGCCUCUCAAGUCUCAGUUAAGGUCAAGCACACAAAAAGCCACAAGUAACCUUCAUAAAGGUUUUGUCAAUACAGCGGAUAAAUUCAACUUGCACUGGAUGUGUUGGUUUUAGCCUCAUCACCAGUGUAGCCAAGUCUGUGGUUUUCCCACAUAAUUGGGCUACUUUACACAGUUGCAGUGGGUUGUUUUGCAUAUCCAUGGGUUGAAGCAACCCUGUAACAAAUUCACUUUACAGGUAUGUAAUCAAUUUAGCUCAAAUCAUGGGUGAAAUAUAUAUUUAAUAAAUCAUAAAGUGUUAUGAUUAAUUAUGAUAUAUGUCGACCCAAGAGGGAAUUAUGCACAUAUAUUGUGAAUUAAUUACAACGGAUUAUAAUAAAUUGCACAUAUGAUUAGUUGUAGUUUAAUAGUUGUUUUAGAAAUACUGUCCUAGUUUGCUCAGCAAACCAUUAGUUUUCUCACAGACUAUUAUAAAAAGAAUGUUAUUCUCUGGCCACGAGAAUAACUUUCUAUUAUAGCAUCAAAGCAUAAAGCAGUGUUGCCAGAUCGAAAACGUAGAAGUGACUUGGUUUUUCUGAAUGAGCAGCAGAACAACCGAGCAUGUGUAGUGAUUUUUACUUUGUCCAUCCAAGGACGCGAAGUAAAGUAGGGAUUGGUACUCACGUCACCGCUUACGUUGUGAUUUUAGGAUCACUCGUCACUUAAGGUGUGAUUAUGAGUACAUCAGAUGACCACUUCCCCCCGUUUCCCUAGUUCAGGGCACCAGUCAAGGUCUUUUACCAUUGGCAGUAUGAGAAC